AGCGCGUGUCUGUGUGUGCCGUGUGUGUACGCGCGCGCUCCGGUGUGUGUGGCGGGGGCGGGCUCUGCGCCCGGGGGCAGGGCUCCGCAGUGAGAGUGGCAGCUGGACUUGCCAGGCUGCGAGGGGCAGGGCACAGAGCCGCAGUGCCGUGGUAGCGGGCCACGGAGAUAGACGGCUUUGGAGCUGCGGAACCCCGAGCACAGGGUGAAGACCCCGGCGCUGCCAACCACAGUCUGGCCGCCUGGUCUCCGCGGCACCCACUCGGGUUGCAUCCCCCUCCCCCGAGAGGGCUGCGCGGGCGGGAAGACGCCCAGAGGCCAGCUUCGGUCCCCCUUCUGUCUCUCGGUUCCUCUUUCCUCCCAAGUAAGGGAAUAAACCGCGAGGAAGGAGCGCCCCGGGCCACCGCGGAACCAAGUGUUGCCUGGUGAGGAAGAGCCAGGAUUUCUGAAUCUACCUUGAAUACAGACAGGAGGAUGUUGCCUAAGGAAUAGCAGAGAUUUUGUCUCAUCUUCUGAGAGGUGCCUGCUGCUGCUGUAUACACUCGAGUGCUCCCAGAAGUCUCCUGAAAGGCUUACAUCGCAAACCUGCAAUGAGCCAGGCCCUGGGCUGGGCCUCCACUUCAGCCUAGUGAACAAAACUCCAUCACUGCCCUUUAGCCUCUCACACAAAGUUUAAAAAUGGGUGAAGAACGGUGGGUCUCCCUCACUCCAGAAGAAUUUGACCAACUCCAGAAAUAUUCAGAAUAUUCCUCCAAGAAGAUAAAAGAUGUCUUGACUGAAUUUAAUGAGGGUGGGAGCCUCAAACAAUAUGACCCACAUGAGCCAAUUAGCUAUGAUGUCUUCAAGCUGUUCAUGAGGGCGUACCUGGAGGUGGACCUUCCCCACCCACUGAGCACUCACCUCUUCCUGGCCUUCAGCCAGAAGCCCAGACAGGAGACCUCUGACCACCCGACGGAGGGAGCCAGCAACAGCGAGGCCAACAGCCCAGAUACUAAUACACAGAAUGCAGAUAAUGCCACCAAAGCAGACGAGGCCUGUGCCCCUGAUACUGAAUCAAUUAUGGCUGAGAAGCAAGCACCAACUGAAGACCAAGUGGCUGCAACACCCCUGGAACCCCCCGUCCCUCGGUCUUCAAGCUUGGAAUCCCCCAUGGUGUACCUGAAGGAUGUUGUGUGCUACCUGUCCCUGCUGGAGACGGGGAGGCCUCAGGAUAAGCUGGAGUUCAUGUUUCGCCUCUAUGAUUCAGAUGAGAACGGUCUCCUGGACCAAGCGGAGCUGGAUUGCAUUGUCAACCAAAUGCUGCAUAUUGCCCAGUACCUGGAGUGGGAUCCCACAGAGCUGAGGCCUAUAUUGAAGGAGAUGCUGCAAGGGAUGGACUACGACCGGGACGGCUUCGUGUCUCUACAGGAAUGGGUCCACGGAGGGAUGACCACCAUCCCAUUGCUGGUCCUCCUGGGGAUGGAUGACUCUGGCUCCAAGGGGGAUGGGCGGCAUGCCUGGACCAUGAAGCACUUCAAGAAACCAACCUACUGCAACUUCUGCCAUAUCAUGCUCAUGGGCGUCCGCAAGCAAGGCCUGUGCUGCACUUACUGUAAAUACACUGUCCACGAACGCUGUGUGUCCAAAAACAUUCCUGGUUGUGUCAAAACGUACUCAAAAACCAAAAGGAGUGGUGAGGUGAUGCAGCACGCAUGGGUGGAAGGGAACUCCUCCGUCAAGUGUGACCGGUGCCACAAAAGUAUCAAGUGCUACCAGAGUGUCACCGCGCGGCACUGCGUGUGGUGCCGGAUGACGUUUCACCGCAAAUGUGAAUUAUCAACGUUGUGUGACGGUGGGGAACUCAGAGACCACAUCUUGCUGCCCACCUCCAUAUGCCCCGUCACCCGGGACAAGCCAGGUGGGAAGUCUGAUGGCUGCGUGUCCGCCAAGGGCGAACUUGUCAUGCAGUACAAGAUCAUCCCCACCCCGGGUACCCACCCCCUGCUGGUCUUGGUGAACCCGAAGAGUGGAGGGAGACAAGGAGAAAGAAUUCUUCGGAAAUUCCACUAUCUGCUCAACCCCAAACAAGUUUUCAACCUGGACAAUGGGGGGCCUACUCCAGGGUUGAACUUUUUCCGUGAUACUCCAGACUUCCGUGUUUUGGCCUGUGGUGGAGAUGGGACGGUUGGCUGGAUUUUGGAUUGCAUUGAUAAGGCCAACUUUGCAAAGCAUCCACCAGUGGCUGUCCUGCCUCUUGGAACAGGAAAUGACCUUGCCCGUUGUCUCCGCUGGGGAGGAGGUUAUGAAGGGGGCAGCUUGACAAAAAUCCUGAAGGACAUUGAGCAGAGCCCCUUGGUGAUGCUGGACCGCUGGCAUCUGGAAGUCAUCCCCAGAGAGGAAGUGGAAAACGGGGACCAGGUCCCAUACAGCAUCAUGAACAACUAUUUCUCCAUUGGUGUGGAUGCUUCCAUUGCACACAGAUUCCAUGUGAUGAGAGAGAAACAUCCUGAAAAAUUCAACAGCAGGAUGAAGAACAAGCUGUGGUACUUUGAAUUUGGCACCUCGGAAACUUUUGCAGCGACCUGCAAGAAACUCCAUGACCACAUUGAGUUGGAGUGCGAUGGGGUUGGAGUGGACCUGAGCAACAUCUUCCUGGAAGGCAUUGCCAUUCUCAACAUUCCCAGCAUGUACGGAGGCACCAAUCUCUGGGGAGAAAACAAGAAGAACCGGGCUGUGAUCCGGGAAAGCAGGAAGGGUGUCACUGACCCCAAAGAACUGAAAUUCUGCGUUCAAGACCUCAGUGACCAACUCCUUGAAGUGGUGGGGCUAGAAGGAGCCAUGGAGAUGGGGCAGAUCUACACCGGCCUGAAGAGUGCAGGCAGGAGGCUGGCCCAGUGCUCCUCUGUCACCAUCAGGACAAACAAGCUGCUGCCAAUGCAAGUGGAUGGAGAACCCUGGAUGCAGCCAUGUUGCACGAUUAAAAUUACUCACAAGAACCAAGCGCCCAUGAUGAUGGGGCCUCCCCAGAAGAGCAGCUUCUUCUCGUUGAGGAGGAAGAGCCGUUCAAAAGACUAAACAGUGUGCAAACAGCAGCUAAACCAAGAGAGAAAGCAAGAAACUAUAAUGCACACUCACACACACAUUUAUGUGCACACUCACACAUGCACACACACACACAUACACACUUCUCUAACCAGUGGAAGCAAAGCCACCCUUCGGGAAGAAAAUGUCACCUUGCCAUACAUUCUAUUUCAACAGUGGGUACACCCCUAACAGAGCCAGUGCCAACAAAACAUUUUGAAUGGACUUAGGGCCCAUGAGGGUGUGGCUGGCUUAUGCAGCAGCCUCCACAUUCCCACAGGCCUUGAGUAGAAUUUUCUGAGACUGAAGAGAAAUCCCCCUUUCUUUCUACCAGCCCUGCAAGUUUCCUCACGGACGCUCGCGAGGAGCCGGCUGCAGGUUUCCUGCCUAUGGUGAGAUCGGAUGUGGCCAAGGGAAAGAGCUCUGGUUCCAGAGAAUUUGCACAAAGGUCCCUCUGUACAGAGACAAAAUGGCCUCCAGCUCUCAGAGCAUAAUCCUUGGCAGGGCUCAGCAGGUGCACGUUAGUUUCUUGGUCGUCCUUUGAGUGACAACGUCUCCCUGAACCUGCUGAGGAGGCAGAAAGGCCGUGGAAAGCUGUAUUUCCAUUCUUGGGUUUCUGCGCUGUCAGUGGGCACUUGUUAUUUUUUCCCGGAACCUUCUCCUGGUGUCUAUGUGUUUGUUUAGAGGCAGCUCCAAGAGCCCUCAGAGCUGCCUGCACAGCACACCUUAGAUGUGGUAUUUAUUUUCUUAGUUCUGUGAACACCUGGGAGGGAAAGCAGAGAAACUGGGAUUUAUUUUUCAAAUUGGUGUCAUAAUAUUGUGUAAAAAGGGAAGAAAAAAAAAAACC